AUGAGAAACAAUACAAUCAACUACAAGAGAGACAACUCCAUCCAGUACAAUAACAGAGACAACUCCAUCCAGUACUACAAAAGAAACAACUCCAUAUAUAACUACAACGGAGACAACUCAAUCCAGUACUUUAGAGACAACUCCAUCCAUUACUUCCACAGAGACAAUACCACUCAGUACUGUAACAGAGAAUACUACAGCCAGUACUUCUACAGAGACAACUGCAUCUUUGACUACAACAGUGUCAUCUCCAACCAUUACUACCACAGAGACAACUCUAUCUUUUAUAACAACGGAAAUAACGCCAUCCAUUUCUACAACAGAAACAAUUCCAUCCAGUACUUCAACGGAGACAACUCAAUCCAAGACAACAUCAUCCAGUACUACAACAGAGCCAUCUCCAUCCAUUACUACAGUAGGAACUACUCUAUCGUUUUCUACCACGGAGACAACACCAUCAACUCCAAGAGAGACAACUCCAUUCAGUACAAUAACAAAGACAACUGCAUCCAGUACUACAAAAGAAACAACUCCAUAUAUAACUACAACGGAGACAACUCAAUCCAGUCAAUUAGCAGAGACAACUCAAUCAAUUACUUCCACAGAGACAAUACCACUCAGUACUGUAACAGAGAAUACUACAGCCAUACAACAACAGAGACAACUCCAGCCAUUACUACAUUAGAAACUACUCUCUCGUUUUCUACCAAGGGAACACAACCAUCAACUACAAGAGAGACAACUCCAUCCAGUACAAUAACAGAGACAACUCCAUUCAGUAAUACAAAAGAAACAACUCAAUAUAUAACCACAACGGAGACAACUCAAUCCAGUACUUUCACAGGGACAACUUCAUCCAUUACUUCCACAGAGACAAUACCACUCAGUACUGUAACAGACAAUACUACAGCCAGUACUCCUACAGAGACAACUGCAUCUAUUACUACAACAGUGUCAACUCCAUCCAUUACUAUCACAGAGACAACUCUAUCUUUAAUAACAACGGAAACAACGCCAUCCAUUUCUACAACAGAAACAAAUCCAUCCAGUACUUCAACGGAGACAACUCAAUCCAGUACAUCUUCACAGACAACUCCGUCGUUUACAUCAACGGAGAUAAAUCAAUCCGUUACCACCGCAGAUAAAACUCCAUCCAGUACUAUAACAGAGACAACUCAAUCAAAUACUACAGCAAAUACAACCCCAUCCAGUACUACAACAGAGAAAGCUCCAUCUCUUACUACAACGGAGACAACUCAAUCCAGUACUACUUCAGAGACGACUCCGUCUAUUACAACGACGGAGAUAACUCAAUCCGUAACUACCACAGAUACAGCUCCAUCAAGUACUAAAACAGAGACAACAUCAUCCAGUACUACAACAGAGACAUCUCCAUCCAUGACUACAGUAGGAACUACUCUAUCGUUUUCUACCACGGAGACAACAUCAUCAACUACAAGAGGGACAACUCAAUCCAUUACAAUAACAGAGACUACUCCAUCCAGUACUACAAAAGAAACAACUCCAUAUAUAACUACAACGGAGACAACUCAAUCCAGUACUUUAGCAGAGACAACUCCAUCCAUUACUUCCACAGAGACAAUACCACUCAGUAAUGUAACAGAGAAUACUACAGCCAGUACUCCUACAGAGACAACUGUAUCUAUUGCUACAACAGUGUCAACUCCAUCCAUUACUACCACAGAGACAUCUCUAUCUUUUAUAACAACGGAAACAAUGCCAUCCAUUUCUGCAACAGAAACAAUUCCAUCCAGUAAUUCAACGGAGACAACUCAAUCCAGUACAUCUUCACAGACAACUCCGUCGUUUACUACAACGGAGAUAAAUCAAUCCGUUACCACCGCAGAUACAACUCCAUCCAGUACUAUAACAGAAAAAACUCAAUCAAAUACUACAGCAAAUACAACUCCAUCCAGUACUACAACAGAGAAAGCUCCAUCUCUUACUACAACGGAGACAACUGAAUCAAGAGACACCACCAUCAACUACAAGAGAGACAACUCCAUCAAGUACAAUAACAGGGACAACUCCAUCCAAGACAAUACCACUCAGUACUGUAACGGAGAAUACUACAGCCAGUACUCCUACAGAGACAACUGCAUCUAUUACUACAACAGUGUCAACUCCAUCCAUUACUACCACAGAGACGACUCUAUCUUUUAUAACAACGGAAACAACGCCAUCCAUUUCUACAACAGAAACAAUUCCAUCCAGUACUUCAACGGAGACAACUCAAUCCAGUACAUCUUCACAGACAACUCCGUCGUUUACUACAACGGAGAUACAUCAAUCCGUUACCACCGCAGAUACAACUCCAUCCAGUACUAUAACAGAGACAACUCAGUCAAAUACUACAGCAAAUUCAACCCCAUCCAGUACUACAACAGAGAAAGCUCCAUCUUUUACUACAACGGAGACAACUCAAUCCAUUACUACUUCAGAGACGACUCCGUCUAUUACAACAACGGAGAUAACUCAAUCCGUAACUACCACAGAUACAGCUCCAUCAAGUACAGAAACAGAGACAACAUCAUCCAGUACUACAACAGAGACAUCUCCGUCCAUUACUACAGUAGGAACUACUCUAUCGUUUUCUACCACGGAGACAACACCAUCAACUACAAGAGGGACAACUCAAUCCAGUACAAUAACAGAGACGACUCCAUCCAGUACUACAAAAGAAACAACUCCAUAUAUAACUACAACGGAGACAACUCAAUCCAGUACUUUAGCAGAGACAACUCCAUCCAUUACUUCCACAGAGACAAUACCACUCAGUACUGUAACAGAGAAUACUACAGCCAGUACUCCUACAGAGACAACUGCAUCUAUUGCUACAACAGUGUCAACUUCAUCCAUUACUACCACAGAGACAACUCUAUCUUUUAUAACAACGGAAACAACGCCACCCAUUUCUUCAACAGAAACAAUUCCAUCCAGUACUUCAACGGAGACAACUCAAUCCAGUACAUCUUCACAGACAACUCCGUCGUUUACUAUAACGGAGAUAGCUCAAUCCCAAAUACAACCCCAUCCAGUAUUACAACAGAGGAAGCUCCAUCUCUUACUACAACGGAGACAACUCAAUCCAGUACUUCUUCAGAGACGACUCCGUCUGUUACAACAACGGAGAUAACUCAAUCCGUAACAACCACAAAUACAGCUCCAUCAAGUACUGAAACAGAGACAACAUCAUCCAGUACUACAACAGAGACAUCUCUAUCUAUUACUACAGUAGAAACUACUCUAUCGUUUUCUACCACGGAGAGAACAACAUCAACUACAAGAGAGACAACUCCAUCCAGUACAAUAACAGAGACAACUCCAUCCAGUACUACAAAAGAAACAACUCCAUAUAUAACUACAACGGAGACAAUUCAAUCCAGUACUUUAGCAGAGACAAAUCCAUCCAUUACUUCCACAGAGACAAUUCCACUCAGUACCGUAACAGAUAAUACUACAACCAGUGCUCCAACAGAGACAACUGUAUCUAUUGCUACAACAGUGUCAACUCCAUCCAUUACUGCAACAGAGACAACUCUAACUUUUAUAACAACGGAAACAACGCCACCCAUUUUUACAACAGAAACAACUCCAUCCAGUACUUCAACGGAGACAACUGAAUCCAGUACUUCUUCACAGACAACUCCGUCGUUUACUACAACGGAGAUAAAUCAAUCCGUUACCACCGCAGAUACAACUCCAUCCAGUACUACAACAGAGAUAACUCAAUCAAAUACUACAGCAAAUACAACCCCAACCAGUACUACAGCAGAGAAAGCUCCAUCUCUUAUUACAACGGAGACAAAUCAAACCCGUACUACUUCAGAGACGACUCCGUCUGUUUCAACAACGGAUAUAACUCAAUCCGUAACUACCACAAAUACAGCUCCAUCAAGUACUGAAACAGAGACAACAUCAUCCAGUACUACAACAGAGACAUCUCCAUCCAUUACUACAGUAGGAACUACUCUAUCGUUUUCUACCACGGAGAGAACAACAUCAACUACAAGAGAGACAACUCCAUCCAGUACAAUAACAGUGACAACUCCAUCCAGUACUACAAAAGAAACAACUCCAUAUAUAACUACAACGGAGAAAAUUCAAUCCAGUACUUCAGCAGAGACAAAUUCAUCGAUUACUUCCACAGAGACAAUACCAUUCAGUACCCUAACAGAUUAUACUACAGCCAGUACUCUUACAGAGACAACUUACUUCAACGGAGAUAACUCAAGCCAGUACUUCUUCACAGACAACUCCGUCGUUUACUACAACGGAGAUAAAUCAAUCCGUAACUACCACAGAUACAGCUCCAUCAAAGACAAUACCACUCAGUACUGUAACAGAGAAUUCUACAGCCAGUACUCCUACAGAGACAACUGCAUCUAUUACUACACCAGUGUCAACUCCAUCCAUUGCUACCACAGAGACAACUCUAUCUUUUAUAACAACGGAAAUAACGCCAUCCAUUUCUUCAACAGAAACAAUUCCAUGCAGUACUUCAUCGGAGACAACUCAUUCCAGUACAUCUUCACAGACAACUCCGUCGUUUACUACAACGGAGAUAAAUCAAUCCGUUACCACCGCAGAUACAACUCCAUCCAGUACUAUAACAGAGACAACUCAAUCAAAUACUACAGCAAAUACAACCCCAUCCAGUACUACAACAGAGAAAGCUCCAUCUCUUACUACAACGGAGACAACUCAAUCCAGUACUACUUCAGAGAACACUCCGUCUAUUACAACAACGGAGAUAACUCAAUCCGUAAAUACCACAGAUACAGCUCCAUCAAUAGGAACUACUCUAUCGUUUUCUACCACGGAGACAACACCAUCAACUACAAGAGGGACAACUCAGUCCAGUACAAUAACAGAGACAACUCCAUCCAGUACUACAAAAGAAACAACUCCAUAUAUAACUACAACGGAGACAACUCAAUCCAGUACUUUAGCAGAAACAACUCCAUCCAUUACUUCCACAGAGACAAUACCACUCAGUACUGUAACAGAGAAUACUACAGCCAGUACUCCUACAGAGACAACUGCAUCUUUUACUACAACAGUGUCAACCCCAUCCAUGACUGCCACAGAGACAACUUUAUCUUUUAUAACAACGGAAACAACGCCAUCCAUUUCUACAACAGAAACAAUUCCAUCCAGUACUUCAACGGAGACAACUCAAUUCAGUACAUCUUCACAGACAACUCCGUCUACUACAACAGAGACAUCUCCAUCCAUUACUACAGUAGGAACUACUCUAUCGUUUUCUACCACGGAGACAACACCAUCAACUACAAGAGGGACAACUCAAUCCAGUACAAUAACAGAGACAACUCCAUCCAGUACUACAAAAGAAACAACUCCAUAUAUAACUACAACGGAGACAAUUCAAUCCAUGUCAACUCCAUCCAUUACUGCAACAGAGACAACUCUAACUUUUAUAACAACGGAAACAACGCCACCCAUUUCUACAACAGAAACAACUCCAUCCAGUACUUCAACGGAGACAACUCAAUCCAGUACUUCUUCACAGACAACUCCGUCGUUUACUACAACGGAGAUAAAUCAAUCCGUUACCACCGCAGAUACAACUCCAUCCAUUACUACAACAGAGAUAACUCAAUCAAAUACUACAGCAAAUACAAAAACAUCCAGUACUUCAACAGAGAAAACUCCACCUCUUACUUCAACGGAGACAACUCAAUCCAGUACUACUUCAGAGACGACACCGUCUAUAACAACAACGGAGAUAUCUCAAUCCGUUACGACCACAUAUACAGAAACAACACCAUCAACUACAAGAGAGACAACUCCAUCCAGUACAAUAACAGAGACAACUCCAUCCAGUACUACAAAAGAAACAACUCCAUAUAUAACUACAACGGAGACAACUCAAUCCAGUGCUUUCACAGAGACAACUCCAUCCAUCACUUCCACAGAGACAAUACCACUCAGUACUGUAACAGAGAAUACUACAGCCAGUACUUCUACAGAGACAACUGCAUCUUUGACUACAACAGUGUCAACUCCAUCCAUUACUACCACAGAGACAACUCUAUCUUUUAUAACAACGGAAACAACGCCAUCCAUUUCUACAACAGAAACAAUUCCAUCCAGUACUUCAACGGAGGCAACUCAAGCCAAGACAACAUCAUCCAGUACUACAACAGAGACAUCUCCAUCCAUUACUACAGUAGGAACUACUCUAUCGUUUUCUACCACGGAGACAACACUAUCAACUACAAGAGAGACAACUCCAUCCAGUACAAAAACAGAGACAACUCCAUCCAGUACUACAAAAGAAACAACUCCAUAUAUAACUACAACGGAGACAACUCAAUCCAGUCAAUUAGCAGAGACAACUCAAUCAAUUACUUCCACAGAGACAAUACCACUCAGUACUGUAACAGAGAAUACUACAGCCAAAUUACAAUAGAGAAAACUCCAUCUCUUACUACACCGGAGACAACUCAAUCCAGUACUACUUCAGAGACGAUUCCGUCUAUUACAACAACGGAGAUAACUCAAUCCGUCACGACCACAGAUACAGAUCUAUCAAGUUUUAUAACAGAGACAACAUCAUCCAGUACAACAACUGAGACAACUCCAUCCAUUACUACAUUAGAAACUACUCUAUCGUUUUCUACCAAGGAGACACCACCAUCAACUACAAGAGAGACAACUCCAUCCAGUACAAUAACAGAGACAACUCCAUCCAGUACUACAAAAGAAACAACUCCAUAUAUAACCACAACUGAGACAACUCAAUCCAGUACUUUCUCAGGGACAACUUCAUCCAUUACUUCCACAGAGACUAUACCACUCAGUACUGUAACAGAGAAUACUACAGCCAGUACUCCUACACAGACAACUGCAUCUAUUACUACAACAGUGUCAACUCCAUCCAUUACUACCACAGAGACAACUCUAACUUUUAUAACAACGGAAACAACGCCAUCCAUUUCUACAACAGAAACAAUUCCAUCCAGUACUUCAACGGAGACAACUCAAUCCAGUACAUCUUCACAGACAACUCCGUCGUUUACUACAACGGAGAUACAUCAAUCCGUUACCACCGCAGAUAAAACUCCAUCCAGUACUAUAACAGAGACAACUCAAUCAAAUACUACAGCACAUUCAACCCCAUCCAGUACUACAACAGAGAAAGCCCCAUCUCUUACUACACCGGAGACAACUCAAUCCAACAACAUCAUCCAGUACUACAACAGAGACAUCUCCAUCCAUUACUACAGUAGGAACUACUCUAUCGUUUUCUACCACGGAGACAAAACCAUCAACUACAAGAGACACAACUCAAUCCAGUACAAUAACAGAGACAACUCCAUCCAGUACUACAAAAGAAACAACUCCAUAUAUAACUACAACGGAGACAACUCAAUCCAGUACUUUAGCAGAGACAACUCCCUCCAUUACUUCCUCGGAGACAAUACCACUCAGUACUGUAACAGAGAAUACUACAGCCAGUACCCCUACAGAGACAACUGCAUCUAUUACUACAACAGUGUCAACUCCAUCCAUUACUGCCACAGAGACAACUCAAUCUUUUAUAACAACGGAAACAAUGCAAUCCAUUUCUACAACAGAAACAAUUCCAUCCAGUACUUCAACGGAGAAAACUCAAUCCAGUACAUCUUCACAGACAACUCCGUCGUUUACUACAACGGAGAUAAAUCAAUCCGUUACCACCGCAGAUACAACUCCAACCAGUACUAUUACGGAGACAACUCAAUCAAAUACUACAGCAAAUACAACUCCAUCCAGUACUACAACAGAGAAAGCUCCACCUCUUACUACACCGGAGACAACUCAAUCCAGAACUACUUCAGAGACGACUCCGUCUAUUACAACAACGGAGAUAACUCAAUCCGAGACACCACCAUCAACUACAAGAGAGACAACUCCAUCCAGUACAAUAACAGAGACAACUCCAUCCAGUACUAUAAAAGAAACAAUUCCACAUAUAACCACAACGGAGAAAACUCAAUCCAGUACUUUCACAGGGACAACUUCAUCCAUUACUUCCACAGAGACAAUACCACUCCGUACUGUAACAGAGAAUACUACAGCCAAGACAACAUCAUCCAGUACUACAACAGAGACAUCUCCACCCAUUACUACAGUAGGAACUACCCUAUCGUUUUCUACCACGGAGACAACACUAUCAACUACAAGAGGGACAACUCAAUCCAGUACAAUAACAGAGACAACUCCAUCCAGCACUACAAAAGAAACAACUCCAUAUAUAACUCCAACGGAGACAACUCAAUCCAGUACUUUAGCAGAGACAACUCCAUCCAUUACUUCCACAGAGACAAUACCACUCAGUACUGUAACAGAGAAUACUACAGCCGGUACUCGUACAGAGACAACUGCAUCUAUUACUACAACAGUGUCAACUCCAUCCAUUACUACCACAGAGACAACUCUAUCUUUUAUAACAACGGAAACAACGCCAUCCAUUUCUACAACAGAAACAAUUCCAUCCAGUACUUCAACGGAGACAACUCAAUCCAGUACAUCUUCACAGACAACUCCGUCGUUUACUACAACGGAAAUAAAUCAAUCCGUUACCACCGCAGAUACAACUCAAUCCAUACUACAACAGAGAAAGCUCCAUCUCUUACUACACCGGAGACAACUCAAUCCAGUACUACUUCAGAGACGACUCCGUCUAUUACAACAACGGAUAUAACUCAAUCCGUAACUUCCACAGAUACAGCUCCAUCAAGUACUAAAACAGAGACAACAUCAUCCAGUACUACAACAGAGACAACUCCAUCCAUUACUACAUUAGAAACUUCUCUAUCGUUUUCUACCAAGGAGACACCACCAUCAACUGAAAGAGAGACAACUCCAUCCAGUACAUUAACAGAGACAACUCCAUCCAGUACUACAAAAGAAACAACUCCAUAUAUAACCACAAGGGAGACAACUCAAUCCAGUACUUUCACAGGGACAACUUCAUCCAUUACUUCCACAGAGACAAUACCACUCAGUACUGUAACAGAGAAUACUACAGCCAGUACUCCUACAGAGACAACUGCAUCUAUUACUACAACAGUGUCAACUCCAACCAUUACUACCACAGAGACAACUCUAUCUUUUAUAACAAUGGAAACAACGCCAUCCAUUUCUACAACAGAAACAAUUCCAUCCAGUACUUCAACGGAGACAGUUCAAUCCAGUACAUCUUCACAGACAACUCCGUCGUUUACUACAACGGAGAUAAAUCAAUCCGUUACCACCGCAGAUACAACUCCAUCCAGUACUAUAACAGAGACAACUCAAUCAAAUAAUACAGCAAAUACAACCCCAUCCAGUACUACAACAGAGAAAACUCCAUCUCUUACUACAACGGAGACAACUCAAUCCCGUACUACUUCAGAGACGACUCCGUCUAUUACAACAACGGAGAUUACUCAAUCCGUAACUACCACAGAUACAGCUCCAUCAAGUACUGAAACAGAGACAACAUCAACCAGUACUGAAACAGAGACAACUCCAUCCAUUACUACAUUAGGAACUACUCUAUCGUUUUCUACCACGGAGACAACACCAUCAACUACAAGAGAGAAAUCUAAAUCCAGUACAAUAACAGAGACAUCUCCAUCUAGUACUACAAAAGAAACAACUCCAUAUAUAACUACAACGGAGACAACUCAAUCCAGUACUUUAGCAGAGACAACUUUAUCCAUUACUUCCACAGAGACAAUACCACUCAGUACUGUAACAAAGAAUACUACAGCCAGUACUCCUACAGAGGCAACUGCAUCUAUUACUACAACAGUGUCAACUCCAUCAUAUACUACCACAGAGACAACUCUAUCUCUUAUAACAACGGAAACAACGCCAUCCAUUUCUACUAAAGAAACGAUUCUAUCCAGUACUUCAACGGAGACAACUCGAUCCAGUACAUCUUCACAGACAACUCCGUCGUUUACUACAACGGAGAUAAAUCAAUCCGUUACCACCGCAGAUAAAACUCCAUCCAGUACUAUAACAGAGACAACUCAAUCAAAUACUCCAGCAAAUACAACCCCAUCCAGUACUACAACAGAGAAAGCUCCAUCUCUUACUACAACGGAGACAAUUCAAUCCAGUACUACUUCAGAGAAGACACCGUCUAUUACAACAACGGAGAUAACUCAAACCGUAACUACCACAGAUACAGCUCCAUCAAGUACUGAAACAGAGACAACAUCAUCCAGUACUACAACAGAGACAUCUCCAUCCAUUUCUACAGUAGGAACUACCCUAUCGUUUUCUACCACGGAGACAACACCAUCAACUACAAGAGGGACAACUCAAUCCAGUACAAUAACAGAGACAACUCCAUCCAGCACUACAAAAGAAACAACUCCAUAUAUAACUCCAACGGAGACAACUCAAUCCAGUACUUUAGCAGAGACAACUCCAUCCAUUACUUCCACAGAGACAAUACCACUCAGUACUGUAACAGAGAAUACUACAGCCGGUACUCCUACAGAGACAACUGCAUCUAUUACUACAACAGUGUCAACUCCAUCCAUUACUACCACAGAGACAACUCUAUCUUUUAUAACAACGGAAACAACGCCAUCCAUUUCUACAACAGAAACAAUUCCAUCCAGUACUUCAACGGAGACAACUCAAUACUGUACAUCUUCACAGACAACUCCGUCGUUUACUACAACGGAGAUAAAUCAAUCCGUUACCACCGCAGAUACAACUCAAUCCAGUACUAUAACAGAGACAACUCAAUCAAAUACUACUGCAAAUACAACUCCAUCCAGUACUACAACAGAGAAAGCUCCAUCUCUUACUACACCGGAGACAACUCAAUCCAGUACUACUUCAGAGACGACUCCUUCUAUUACAACAACGGAGAUAACUCAAUCCGUAACUACCACAGAUACAGCUCCAUCAAGUACUAAAACAGACACAACAUCAUCCAGUACUACAACAGAGACAACUCCAUCCAUUACUACAUUAGAAACUUCUCUAUCGUUUUCUACCAAGGAGACACCACCAUCAACUGAAAGAGAGACAACUCCAUCCAGUACAAUAACAGAGACAACUCCAUCCAGUACUACAAAAGAAACAACUCCACAUAUAACCACAACGGAGACAACUCAAUCCAGUACUUUCACAGGGACAACUUCAUCCAUUACUUCCACAGAGACAAUACCACUCAGUACUGUAACAGAAAAUACUACAGCCAGUACUCCUACAGAGACAACUGCAUCUAUUACUACAACAGUGUCAACUCCAACCAUUACUACCACAGAGACAACUCUAUCUUUUAUAACAAUGGAAACAACGCCAUCCAUUUCUACAACAGAAACAAUUCCAUCCAGUACUUCAACGGAGACAGUUCAAUCCAGUACAUCUUCACAGACAACUCCGUCGUUUACUACAACGGAGAUAAAUCAAUCCGUUACCACCGCAGAUACAACUCCAUCCAGUACUAUAACAGAGACAACUCAAUCAAAUAAUACAGCAAAUACAAGCCAAUUUAGUACUACAACAGAGAAAACUCCAUCUCUUACUACAACGGAGACAACUCAAUCCCGUACUAUUUCAGAGACGACUCCGUCUAUUACAACAACGGAGAUAACUCAAUCCGUAACUACCACAGAUACAGCUCCAUCAAGUACUGAAACAGAGACAACAUCAUCCAGUACUGAAACAGAGACAACUCCAUCCAUUACUACAUUAGGAACUACUCUAUCGUUUUCUACCACGGAGACAACACCAUCAACUACAAGAGAGACAUCUAAAUCCAGUAAAAUAACAGAGACAUCUCCAUCUAGUACUACAAAAGAAACAACUCCAUAUAUAACUACAACGGAGACAACUCAAUCCAGUACUUUAGCAGAGACAACUUUAUCCAUUACUUCCACAGAGACAAUACCACUCAGUACUGUAACAGAGAAUAAUACAGCCGGUACUCCUACAGAGACAACUGCAUCUAUUACUACAACAGUGUCAACUCCAUCAUAUACUACCACAGAGACAACUCUAUCUUUUAUAACAACGGAAACAACGCCAUCCAUUUCUACUAAAGAAACAAUUCUAUCCAGUACUUCAACGGAGACAACUCAAUCCAGUACAUCUUCACAGACAACUCCGUCGUUUACUAAAACGGAGAUAAAUCAAUCCGUUACCACCGCAGAUACAACUCCAUCCAGUACUAUAACAGAGAAAACUCAAUCAAAUACUACAGCAAAUACAACCCCAUCCAGUACUACAACAGAGAAAACUCCAUCUCUUACUACAACGGAGACAACUCAAUCCCGUACUACUUCAGGGACGACUCUGUCUAUUACAACAACGGAGAUAACUCAAUCCGUAACUACCAUAGAUACAGCUCCAUCAAGUACUGAAACAGAGACAACAUCAUCCAGUACUACAACAGAGACAUCUCCAUCCAUUAAUACAGUAGGAACUACUCUAUCGUUUUCUACCACGGAGACAACACCAUCAACUACAAGAGAGACAACUCCAUCCAGUACAAUAACAGAGACAACUCCAUCCAGUACUAUAAAAGAAACAACUCCAUAUAUAACUACAACGGAGACAACUCAACCCAGUACUUUAGCAGAGACAACUCCAUCCAUAACUUCCACAAAGACAAUACCACUCAGUAAUGUAACAGAGAAUACUACAGCCAGUACUCAUACAGAGACAACUGUAUCUAUUACUACAACAGUGUCAACUCUAUCCAUUACUACCACAGAGACAACUCUAUUUUUUAUACCAACGGAAACAACGCCAUCCAUUUCUACAACAGAAACAAUUCCAUCCAGUACUUCAACGGAGACAACUCAAUCCAGUACAUCUUCACAGACAACUCCAUCGUUCACUACAACGGAGAUAACUCAAUCCGUUACCACCGCAGAUACAACUCCAUCCAGUACUAUAACAGAGACAACUCAAUCAAAUACUACAGCGAAUACAACCCCAUCCCGUACUACAACAGAGAAAACUCCAUCUCUUACUACAACGGAGAAAACUCAAUCCAGUACUUUCACAGAGACAACUUCAACCAUUACUACCACAGAGACAGUAUCACUCAGUAAUGCAACAGAGAAUUCUACAGCCAGUGCUCCUACAGAGACAACUGCAUCUAUGACUACAACAGUGUCACCUCCAUCCAUUACUGGCACAGAGACAACACUUUCUUUACUCACAAUGGAAAUUACGCCACCCAAGUCUACAACAGAAACAAAUCCAUCUAUUACCACAACGGAUACAACACCAUCCAUUACAACAACGGAGACAACUCCAUCCAGUACUACAAUAGAGACAAAUACAUCCAUGACAACAACGGAGACAAUUCCAUCCAUGUCUACAACGGACACAACGCCACCCAGUACUACAACAUUGACAACUGCAUCUAUCACUGCAACGGAGAACACUCUAGUCAUGACUACAACGGAAACAAAUCCAUCAAGUACUUCAGCAGCGACAACUCUCUCCAGUACAACAACAGAGACAACUCCAUCGAGUACUACAGCAGAGACAACAUCAUCCAGUACAACAUUAGAGACAAGUCCAUUCAUUUCUACAGCAGAGACUACGCCAACCGUUCCAACAACGGACACAACACCAUCCUUUACAACAACGGAGACAACGUCAUCCAAUACUACAACGGAGAAAACUCCAUCCGGUACUGCAACGGAGAGAACUCCAUAUAGUACUUCAACAGAGACACUUCCGUUUUCUACCACGGAGACAACACCAUCAACUACAAGAGAGACAACUCCAUCCAGAACUACAAAAGAAACAACUACAUCUAUAACUACAACGGAGACAUCUUCAUCCACUACUAUAACAGUGACAAAUUCAUCCAUGAAUACACCUGGGAUUAUUACUACAAUUACUACAACGGAGACAACUCCAUUUAUUUCUACAACGGAGGCGUCUCCCUUCAAUACAUCAACAAAGACAACUGCAUCUAUUAUUAGAAAGGAGACAACUCCAUUCAGUUCUGCAACAAAGACAAAUCCAUAUAUUGCUUCAACGGCGACCACUCCAUUAAUUACUACAACGAAGACAACUGCAUCCGUUAUAACAACGGAAACAAUUCCACCAAUUACUACAACGCUCACAUUUUCAUCAGGUACUACAGCAGAGACAACUUCGUCUAGUACUACAAAAGAGACAUUUCCAUCCAGUUCUGCAACGGAGACAACUCCAUCUUUUACUGAAAAGGAGAAAACUCCAUCAAGUACUACAACAGAGGCAACUUUAUCCAUGACUCCAUUUAUUACUACGAUAGAGGCAACUCUGUCCAAUACAGCAACGAACACAACAACAUCAAUUACUGACAAGGAAACAACCCCAUUCAGUACUUCAACAGUUAUAACACAGCCCAUAACAUUAAUUGAGACAACUCAAUACAUUUAUACAACAGAGGAAUCACCAGCCAGUGUUACAACAGAGACAACUUUACCAGUUACUACAACGGAGACAACGCCAUUAAGUACUACAACAGAGACAACACUAUCCAGUACUACACCAGAAACAACUCGAUCGAUAACUACAGCAGAGACUUUUCCACAUUUGACUACCACGGAGACAACAACAUCGUAUACAACAACUAAAAAACCGCCAUCAAUUAUUACAACGGAGACGAUUCCAUCUAGUACUACAACAGAGGCAACUUUAUCCAUUUCUACAACAGAGACAACGCCAUCCAUUACUAUGACAGAGACAUCUCCAUCCACAGUGACAACAUCCUUGCUGUUACCCAUGACCUCAACGACACCUAUGCGGACAGAUCACCUUCAUGCGUUCGGCUUUCAAAACGGUGACUCGCUCAUUGAUGCAAUCGCUGACAUCAACGGAAUGACGGGACACGACGCAAUAUAUGGGCCAAUCGAAACACCAAUUGGAUUUGCGUGUGAAUGUUCCUGGUUCAGAAAAGUUUAUGUGUCUGUCAACGGGUUUGUGAUGCUGGGCUCCCUCUGGCUUGCUGUGCCUCCCCGAGCACCCAACAUUCCCAUUCAAAAUCUGCCCACAACCAUAAUAGCUCCAUUAUGGACGGAUAUGAGGAUGGGUGCAAACAGCAACAUCUGGGUACAUUCUUACUAUUCGUACACAUCAAAUGAGACGAGGUGGUCAUCAAGUAUGACAAGCAUAAAAAACUACCUCGACACCUACGUUUAUGGAUUCAGUAAUUUUCACCCUGUACAGGCUGUUAUAGUUACUUGGGAAAAAAUGCUGCCGCUAGACUCGAUUUCUGAGACAUUAACAAUCCAGUUAUUGCUGGUAACUGACGCAGUGCACACUCACGCGGUGUUUGCUUACGGAAAUAGCACGUGGAUCAACACUAAUCUUGGCAGACGUUCGGCCACCAUGGCAUGGCAAUGCGUGCAAAGCAAUAGUUACUACCAACACAUCGCAUCCAGGAAAAGUGUCAUUUAUCAACAGGCAUUUUACGGAUCGAAUUUUGGUACGGCUGGCGUGUGGACGUUUAACACUGACUAUUGUCCUGCAACAUAUAGUAACACACGCAAUUCAUGCUACAAAUGGUAUACUGAGGAAUCCCAAAACGCCACACUGCAGCCAGAAAUCGCUCGCAUCAACAUGGAGACGCCCCAUUGUCCUUGUGACAUUGAUCGCGUCUCAUUUGAUAAAAGAUUUGUGAAGACAGGUGUUGGUGCAGAACUGUGCUAUGCCACUUUGUUUCCAACGGAUGGUGUGUUUGGCAAUAGGCUGUGUUGCUAUGAGGAAGACGGACCUUCAAAAGGGAGUUUGAUCACACGUCUACCUGGUGGUGGAUUUAUGGCGCUGUACAAUCCAAUCAGAUCCUCAGUUCAGUAUCAGAAGUUCGAUUAUGAGCCAUAUAGCCUCUGUUGUGUGAAGUCGGACUUGUGCUCGCUGUUUGCCGCCCAGCGCCCUACUGAUGACUGCAGCGCCUACGAACCUUCAACUACUGGUUUCUGCUACGGGGAUCCUCAUAUCAAAACUUUUGACCAAAGGAAUUACACUUUCAAUGGAAUCGGGGAAUACACACUGUUCCGGAUCUUAGACAAUACUUCGAAAGUUGUCUUCCAAUUACAAGGUCGAACUGAAGCUGUCAUGUCUACCACCAACAACUCAUCUCGACUACAGGCAGCAGUUUUCACCGCAUUUGCGGGGGAAGAUAAAGUUCAUGGCGGAUAUUUUCACGUGGAAAGAAACUUAAAGAAAGAUGGUUUCAUUAUCUACAGCAACACCUUCAAAGGCGCUGUAGACAGCAGUCUACACUUUCUAUCAAGUUCUUCAAUGCUCACGUUCACUUAUGUAGCAAUUCUGAAGAAUAGCAACACAAGCAUGAUCAUCGUAUUUAAGAAUGGAAUAACAGUAAACGUACACCUGACAUUGGGAUUCCUUAAUAUGUCGAUGACAAUUCCACGGAAGUACCACUCGAGUAUGUACCAGUCGGCCGGUCUCUAUGGCAACAACGACGGUGACCCAACGAACGACUUUCAGCUACCGAACGGCACAGUGCUGAGUAACAACAUGACUGAUCGAAUGAUAUAUCACUAUGCUGAACAGUGGCGAAUAACGCAGCAGUCCAGUAUUUUUAAAUAUCGCUCUGGGAAACAAAGUAAUGAUUUUGAAGACAAUAAUUUUUCAACAAUAUUCUUGGAUGAAGUAGCAAAAUUUAAUUUAAUCUGCUGCGGAGAAACUGUGUGGGGCAGGGCAGUCCAAAUCCCGUGUGUGUUCGACUUCAUAGUUACUUUAAACGAACAACUGGCAGCAAACACGAAUGCAGCAAUAAAAGAAGCAGAUGCUAUAACACUGAAAACAAAAAAUACCUCACCGUCUGCUCAUUUUGUAAACCCAUUCAAGUAUUUGAGUGCAACGGUAAACACAACGGUUGUAAUAACCUACGAAGCCCACGAUCCAGACAGUGAACACAUCACCAUGUACUUGGUUGGACCAACCAUUCAGAAUAAAACUGGAUUUCAGAAUGUCUCAGACACAUAUGCAUGGACCCCUUUGAAUACAGAUCCAGUUAACAUCAGUGUGUUUGCCCGAGACGCACUGUCGCAGUCGUCCGUACAGUUCCUGUCGGUUCUGAUAUGCUCCGGCUGCAGUGGGAAUGGCGUCUGUAACUUUGAUCACGAGGUUGCACGGGAAGUCACGUGCAAGUGCAAUAUAGGAUGGGGAGGUUCAGGUUGCAAUGUGGACAUUAAUGGAUGCGAGGGAAACCCCUGUCCGAUUGGUUCUGAGUGCACCGAUAUGACCCCUCAACAGCAGCAAUCCCAGUCGACUGGGUACACGUGCAGUUGUUCACAUGGCUACAUUCUACUAAAUGAAACAAAGCGGUGUCUAGAUAUCGAUGAAUGCCAGCUGACGCCCAGUCCGUGCACUCAGAUCUGUACGAACACCGAGGGGUCGUAUGCGUGCUCCUGCAGAUCAGGCUACGCGUACAAUGCCGCGGACAAUAUAUGUAAUGAUGUGGACGAGUGCAGCGCGGGUUUCUCGGGCUGUCAGCAGAAGUGCAUCAACCUGCCCGGAAGUUACAGAUGCGAGUGUCAGGCCAACCACACCCUCCAGGUAGACGGCAGGACGUGCAAACAGGAAUCUGCCCUCGAGCAUUUGUGCCGUGAAAAACAAUGUCAGCAGGGUUGCCAAGGAUCGCAAGCUGGAAUUAAAUGUGUGUGCAACAUAGGCUACACCCGUGCGUCGGAUUUAAUUACGUGUGUUGAUAUAAAUGAAUGUGACAACAACCCAUGUUUCCAGAAAUGCAGCAACCUUGAUGGGUCGUUCUCCUGUUCUUGUUACGAUGGAUUUAAACUUUCAUCAGACCAGAAAUCAUGUGAAGCUUGCAUGGAGGGCACGUGGGGCACAAAUUGCUCAAACACAUGCGAAUGCCUCCACGCGCGGUCCUGUGACAAGGUUAAGGGCUGCGUAUGCCUAGAAGGUUGGUACGGCACCCAGUGCAAUAUGAACGUGAACGAAUGUGAGAGGAACCCGUGCACAGCACUGCACACCUGUGUGGACACGGUCGGCUCGUAUACUUGUGAUUGUGCCGAUGGUUACCGAAAACAAACAAACGGAACUUGUGAAAAUAUUGACGAGUGUAUUCAGGGUGGUAAUAACACGUGUGAUCCUGAUCGCAGCACGUGCAUUGACUUGUCUCCUGGAUACCGCUGCUCGUGUUCUCAAGGAUACGUAGCCAUUGGCGGCAAAUGCGAUGAUAUCAACGAGUGUGACUUAAAGCAUGACUGCGAGCACGAGUGUGUCAACGUGGUGGGGAGCUAUAACUGCGAGUGCUAUGUAGGAUACACAUUACAGGACGACCGUCGAAUGUGUGUCAUAUCUUCGGAUGCAUGUGCUGGACACACAAACGGACUCAAUCAUACAUCCUGUUCGGCAAUGAACUUCCAUGGUUGUAAACUGAAUGGUUCUAAAACUGCGACUUGCUUCUGUCGUAAUGGAUUUGACACAACAAGUAACGGUUGUAUUGAUAUGGACGAGUGUGCUAAAAACAAUGGUCGUGGCGAAUGCCAAGAGAAAUGUUUGAAUGAACCUGGACGUUUCUUAUGUUCUUGCCAAUAUGGAGAGAGACUUCUCGGGGACGGACUUUCAUGUGAAGCGUGCAAUAAAACAGACAAGUGGGGUCGCAGCUGUCAACGCAAGUGUUCUUGCGGUCCCGGUUCGCUUUACUGUGAGUCAUUACACGGCUGUCAAUGUAAAACAGGUUGGAGAGGCGAAAAAUGUGACGCGGAUAUCAACGAAUGCUUGACCAGCCCAUGUGGUAGCAAACAGAACUGUCAGAAUACUGAUGGAUCCUAUAUGUGCUCCUGCAAUGCAGGGUACAUGGUGAAUGCAUCGGAUCAAUGUGAAGAUAUUGAUGAAUGCAGCUUAAAAACGUCUAACAAGUGUUCGCAACGUUGUGAAAACACCGAAGGGUCUUACAUAUGUGCAUGUCAUCUUGGUUUCGAUUUCGCACCAGGAUCAACCACAGAGUGUAUCAAUACAAAUGAAUGCAGUGGGUUGCAUGCUUGCCAACAUAAGUGUCUCGAUAACGAAGGAAGCUACCAAUGUUACUGCCGCCAAGGCUUCACGUUAGAGCCCGACAAAACAUCCUGUAGAAAAGAUGAAACUCAUAUGAACCCUUGCAGUACAUUCAACACCACGUGUAGCUAUGGGUGUGUAAUGGUAAACGGCUCGUCUCGCUGUUUUUGCCCUGCGAAUUUCAAGCUAAAUGAAAAGGACAACACAACCUGUCUUGAAACGAACAACAAACUCUGGGUUAAACUGGCUCUUGAUUUGCCCUUUGAUGCCAGGAUCCAGUCAAACACCUCACUCGAGUUCAAGAAUAAUGCCAGUGAUUUGAGUUCAGGGCUGAAGAAAAUGUAUUCAAACCUGAGUGGCUUCGUUGAUAUUGGAAUAAUCGCAAUCUUGCCAGAAUACGUGGUUCUGCAUACGCUACAAUUCAACACGGAGAAUAUAACGGAUACUGACGCUACUGCCCUGGCGAUACUGUUGAAAUAUACACGCUACAACCAUGGAUAUAUUGCUAUUCGUCAAACUAAUAUAUCAAUUGUCAAGGAGCCAUUGAUUGCGAAAACUUUGUUGGGACUAUUCCGUCCGGUGACGUGUUUGCUGUGUUCAGACGCCUGUGUGUUAUUAAACGUCACAAAGGACACGUAUGGUUGUGACGUCACACCAGAUUUGAAUAUGUCCGUGGGGAUCGAGAUACAACUGCUGAAGGUUUAUAAGCCUGCGUACGCAUCAAAAACGUCGACUGAGUACUCUGACCUUAGAGCCACCGUGGUCUCGUCUUUAGUGGCCAUAUUUGGAUCAGUGUCUGGCUUUUCCGGUAUUUCGGACAUGACAUUUAGUGAAGCCUUGGGGUCUCAAGGUAGCCAGAUGCAGGUCCGCGCACACAUUCUCCUCAACUCGACGGUGACGUCUGCCCAGAAAACCGACAUAGCAAGAAGACUGGUUGCCCUGGAGACGCAGAAAUGUGUGUUCCUGGAGGACGAAUGUGUGUUGUUAGUUGGUCAGUCGCGGAUAAUAGGGACGGAUGGGCCAGUUAUAGCGGUGUGCCUAACGUGUAGACUUGGAGAUGAAUGCCGUCUGGAUAGCAGUAACCAGUAUAGUUGCGUACCACUGACUCCAGAAACGACCACACCAAAAAUAACAGAGAACUUCGACUUGCUACUAGGACUGGGUCUAGGCGUACCAUUGUUCCUUCUGUCUGUUUUCCUUCUGGUCGUCUGCUUCCUGUUUUGUCUCCGCCGUCGCCGACGACGCCAGUCUUGGACAAGACAGUCACUGUCGUCUGAACAAUCUGACCUGUAUGCUUACUCAUGUGAAUUAUAUUCUCCUCCGUGGAUGGUACUCACAUUGAGCCAAAUGCACCCGUGGUUGAGCCAGUGCGUUCAGGAUUUUUCGUGGGACUUUCUUUACAGCAGCCUGUUGCCAAACAAAGAGUUUCGCAUUCAGAGGCCCGUUGUUGAAACAAUGCCAGCCGAGGCUUUUACGGAGUCCCGACGCCAAUCUCAUGCGUAG